GAAGAAACCAAAAAUAUCACCUCUCACAAACAGAAUCACAUUCACAUCACAUUAUCCUUAAUGCCAAAAUGCUUCUCUUUAUUACCCUCCUUUGCUUUCUUCAACCUCAUGUGAUGUAAACUCAUUCACAUAGCAAAGAUUUCAACCUCAAAAGGUAGAACAGAGUACCUUUCUUUUUCUUAUUCUCUUUUCUUUCCAUGUUGUUCUUCUUUUAUUAUGAAGACAAUAAUGGCAGCCAAAUCCCCUCAUGAAUCAUCUUUCUCGUUCUCGCGGAGGUACUUCCAUUGGAAGAAGAAGCCACUGGAUGAAGAUGACGACGACGAUGAGGAAGAAAUUCUCAAAGUCAGCUCGUCUUCACAUAUUUGUGAGGUCGAUGACGACGACGAUGACAACAACGACGAUGGUCAGUUCAAGGUCGACGUGGCACUGGAACUGAAGCAUACCAAGCAGAACAAAAAGAAGUACCCGAAAUCGAAGCUGAAGUCAGCAUUCACAGUAUUCACGAAGAGCCGUUCACUUAACACGUCAUCAUCAGGGCUAGGCACGCGCGUGGUUGGCACGCUCUUCGGACACCGUCGUGGCCACGUCCACUUCGCAUUCCAAGAAGAUCCAAAGCUUCAGCCUGCCUUCUUGAUCGAGCUGGCAACACCAACAAGCAUCUUGGUGAAGGAAAUGGCUUCCGGAUUGGUGAGAAUUGCGUUGGAAUGCGAGAAGAAGAACAACAGCAAGGGGGCGAAGAAGAAGAAGCUUCUAGAAGAACCGUUGUGGAGGACGUAUUGUAAUGGGAGGAAGUGUGGGUAUGCGAACAGACGGGAGUGUGGGCCGGAGGAGUGGAAGAUUCUGAAGGCGGUGGAGCCCAUUUCGAUGGGUGCGGGUGUGUUGCCAGUGAGUGAUGGUGACGGGAAUGGAGCUGGGUCCGAAGGUGAGCUCAUGUACAUGAGAGCCAAGUAUGAGAGGGUUGUUGGGUCUAAGGACUCUGAAGCUUUCUAUAUGAUGAACCCUGAUGGGAGUGGUGGUCCUGAACUCAGCAUUUACUUGCUUAGAGUUUAGGAUAUGGCGGUUACUUCUUCCAAGACAUGCUCAUCUGAAAAAUGAUAUUUGGGAACGGUUAAAUAGUUUGAUAUUUAUAAUUGAAAAUGUUUGAUUAAACUAUUUGACUAUUCCCUAUAUUUUUCUUAUGAAAUGUAUUUAUGGAAGUAGCCAUAUUAGAAUAUAUUGUUAUUUAAUUUGCAUGAUAAACUACCACUUCAUACUUGAAAAAUUUGAAGCCUAACAUUUAGUUGGUUUAUAUUUUUAAUAAUUAGAAUGGUGGGUGUUCAAAUCUGUCAAGUAGUAUCAAAUGAGAGUUUAUUUUUAUUUGCAGAUAAAUAUUUGUCGAACACCUUGGUAUGGAUCUUUUAUUCUUUCUAAUGAUAGACGAGAACAUAUCAAUGCAGCGUUCCAUAAAUGUUAUCUUCUUUAAAGGUGACAUUAGUUCAAGAAUUCUGCAUAGCAUCGUGUUAGUACUUCAAGAUUAGGGGGUUAUGUAUUUUUGGUAUGUUUGCAAUCGAUGUGUAAACAAGGGUGAUAUGGGGGUGGUAGUUUCCUUUAUUGCAUGUUGUCUUUAUUGACUUUUUGGGAUAUUUUAGGUUGGAGGUUUUGAAAGUGGCUUUAGUAGUAAUACAAAAGGUGGUGGUGAAAUUAAUUGUUAUUUGGA